GACUGAAUGUUAUUUCCUUAAAUUCCUUUGGCUAUGUAGUUUGAGAAUGUACUAACCAGGUUUACGCAUGUGCAAGGAUUGCGUAUCACACAGACAGCAGGUUUGUGUUGUUUCUGAACAAAGUCAAAACCUCAAAGUUUUGUGAAUACAUGUACCUGGAAGAUGAUGAAUCCAUGUCCUCUUCAACUGUUGCCUAUAAGUCUCAUUUCAAGUCCUUCAAAUUCAACAGCAACAGUGGGGAGAUGAGAGGAUUGAAGACAAACAAAAAGACCAGUUUAGAACUUAAAAGUUCAAUCAUCUCUGGCCUAAAAACUGAAUGUUAUGAGGUGGAUUCAGAUUUACUUCCAGAUGAUUGUCAGAACAAAGAUGUAGUCAGUAACCCACCAAAAGUCAGUAGUUUUAUGGCUUGGAAAGAUUCAGGGAAUACAGGGAACCAUGUAGCGCACAAUUCUGAUUGUCCUAGAGACUCAAAAGGAAGUGAGGAAGGAAAGAACCUUUACACCGGAAAGAGUAUUAUAGAGUAUGAAUUGCCAGAGCUGGAUGUUUUCCUUCAUGAGAGCAGUUAUCAGUUUGUUAAGGACAUUUGCAUUGACAGCGGAGUGUCUUCUCAGGGCAAGUGUUUGGUUGAGAAUUGUGAGUUGAACCAUAAUAGUAUCUCUUGCAUACUUAACUCUGAAGUGGAUAGCAAUGGUGAAUUAACAGAAGAAACACUGGACACAGCAUCAUCUGCUUCAAAUGGGUCACGAUGUAGCACUGACAAAGACUGCAAUAAGGACGCAAUCAAGCAGUGUGGUUCGGAGGACUUAAUUAUGGAAGGUGAAGUAGAUUUUGAUGCGAGACAAGAUAUUUCUGAUAAUUUCACUAAGAAGAUCAUCCCUAGAAUUCUGCUCCCUGUUAGAGAGGCUCCAAGUAAGGAAGCAGGCUCGGCAAACUCUAUGGUAUCAUCUACAACUGAAGCAAUUGAUCCAAGCAAGACAUAUUCAAGAAGUGAGGAGGAGGAUGAAAAUAUCACUAAUAACCUUGAUUUGGCUAACACCACAACAAGCACCAGAGAGGAAUCCCAACAAUUUGCAGCUUGUCAACAGCCUCCCCAAUCUGGCAGUAUAUCUCAUCGGUCAACUAGCAGCAAUGCCAGUUCUCAUUCAUUUGCAUUUCCCAUAUUACCUGCUGAGUGGACUGGCAGCCCAGUAAGAAUGGUAAAAGCUGACAGGAAGCAAUCACAAAAGCAAAGACGUUGGAGGCUAUCUUUUCCCUGCUUUAAAUUUUGAAUAUUCUAUAUUCCUUGGUGGCUUUCUUAAUUUAUUAUGCUUUCUUUUCUUGUUCUUUUGCUCUGGCAUUGGUGCAUAGUGUGUCAUACAGAUUAUGCAUGUCCUUGUGAUUUUAACAUACUAGUGGUUGGAAAUUUUACCCACUUCUUGGCUAGAGUUAAUAAAGGUUAGUCACAACA